CGGGGUUCCCGGUUUUUAUUCACGGUAGCUUAACACUGCUGCGAGCGAGCAGGCGGAGAGGAACGGCAUCUAAAAACCGACUUGGAAAAACUACUUAGCGAGUUGCUAGUCUUGGCCUUGAGGGGGCACCAGCAUGAGUCAGGAGUCACUGGAGUCUGAUGGAGACUCUGCCCAGGAUGUGUCUGACUUUAACUGGGAUGACUUCCUGGAGGAGACUGGAGCCGUGUCUGUGCCCCAUCAUGCCUUCAAACAUGUGGACCAGGGCCUGCAGACAGGACUGACUCCAGGCAUGAAGCUGGAGGUGUGUGUGCGCUCAGAAGCUGACAGUCCUUACUGGGUGGCCAACAUCAUCACCACGUGUGGCCAGCUGCUGCUGCUGCGCUACGAGGGAUACCAGGAUGAUCGGCGUGCCGACUUCUGGUGUGACAUCAUGACGGCAGACCUCCACCCGCUGGGCUGGAGCCGCCAGCAUGGGAAGACCAUGAAGGCCCCUGAGGGUGUGCGUGAGAAGCACCAGGACUGGGAAGCUCUGCUGGAAAAGGCCUUGGCCGAGGAGUGCAGUGCGCCUGCCAGCCUGCUGGAAUUGCCACAGCGCGGAAGAGACCCGGUGGAGCUUCUGUGUGCAGGCUGCUACGUGGAGCUCCAGGACAGCGUCGACCUGGGGCUGGCCUGGGCUGCCGAGGUAGAGGAGAAUGUCGGAGGAAGGCUGAAGCUGCGCCUGGUAGGCACUGAGGGCCUCCCAGACACACCUGCAACCCUCUGGCUCUUUUAUCUCCACCCACGCCUCCACCCACCAGGCUGGGCUAAAGAGCAUGGCUGCACCCUCAGGCCUCCCUCAGACCUGUUGGCCCUGCGGACAGAGGAAGAGUGGGAGGAGGUGAGACAGAGGAUCAGUGAGCUGCCUCAGGAUGAAGCUCUGACUGCAGAGUUCAGUAAGGAUCAGCCUGCCAUUGCUCCUCAUUGUUUCAAGGAAGGAAUGAAACUGGAGGCUGUUGACCCUGCUGCUCCUAUUUCCAUCAGGCCUGCCACUGUCACCAAGGUGUUCAAUGAGCAGUACUUUCUGGUGAAGAUGGACGACCUAUGUGGUAUUGAUGAGUCAGAGAGUGCCGGGAGGUCCUUUCUGUGUCACAGAGACAGUCCAGGGAUCUUCCCUGCUCAGUGGAGCCUCAAAAAUGGGGUCCCUCUCAGCCCCCCACCAGGAUACCAGGGUCCAGACUUUGACUGGGCAGAUUACCUGAAACAGUGUGAGGCCGAGGCAGCUCCUCAGCCUUGCUUCCCAACUGAGCAGUGUGAGCACAGCUUCAAAGAGGCCAUGAAACUGGAGGCCGUCAACCUGCUGUCACCUGAGAACAUUCAUGUGGCAACUGUCACCAGGGUCAAAGGGCAAUACAUUUGGCUCAGCCUGGAAGGACUGAAGCAGCCCAUGCCAGAGCUGAUUGUUCAUGUGGACUCCCUCGACAUUUUCCCUGUCAGCUGGUGUGAGACAAACGGCUAUCCACUCGUCCACCCCAUCAAACCCUCAGUUGAAAAGGAGAGGAAGAUUGCUGUUGUGCAGCCUGAGAAACACCGAACUUCACCAAAGUCAUCAUCACCUGACGCUGUCAAGCAGCAGAUGGCCAACCAGUCAGAGACAGGACAUGGGAACGGGAAAUACUGCUGUCCCAAGAUCUACUUCAACCACCGCUGUUUCUCUGGGCCUUACCUUAACAAGGGACGCAUUACAGAGCUGCCUCAGUUCAUUGGCCCUGGUAACUGUGCCCUGGUGCUCAAAGAGGUAUUGACUCUGCUGAUAAAUUCAGCAUACAAGCCCAGUCGUGUGCUAAGAGAGCUGCAGCUGGACCAGGAGAGCCGCUGGCAAGGCUAUGGAGAGACACUCAAAGCCAAGUACAAGGGAAAGAGUUACCGGGCCACUGUGGAAAUAGUCCGCACUGCAGACCGCGUGGCAGACUUCUGCAGAAAAACCUGCAUCAAGCUAGAGUGCUGCCCGAACCUGUUUGGACCUCGCAUGGUUCUGGACCGCUGCUCAGAGAACUGCUCUGUCCUCACCAAGACCAAAUACACAUAUUACUAUGGAAAGAAGAAAAGUAAACGUGUUGGCCGUCCACCUGGGGGGCACUCCAACCUGGAGGGUGGAGUAAAGAGAAGAGGGAGGAGGAGGAAGAAAAAGAAGCAGCUCUUCGUCCAUAAGAAGAGACGCUCCUCAGCCUCAGUGGACAACACGCCUGCUGGGUCUCCACAGGGCAGUGGAGAGGAAGAAGAUCUAGAUGAAGAUGACUCCCUGAGUGAAGACACUGGUUCGGAGCUGCAGGACGAUCUUCAGGAUGAUUCUGAACAAUCGUUUGGGAAGUCUCAGCCUGCCACGCCAUCCCCCUCCCCACCGGCAACACCCAGGCCCACACGUCGACGCCGGAAACCCCGCUCACCCUCAUUCUCCGAUGAUGAGAACCGCCCUCCAUCACCAAAGACCUCAAAGACUGAGCCUCCUCAGAAGUUGUGUUUGGACACCAGCCCACUGGAGUGGAGCGUUACUGAUGUGGUUCGCUUCAUCAGGACCACUGACUGUGCACCUCUUGCACGUAUUUUCUUGGAUCAGGAGAUUGACGGACAGGCGCUGCUGCUCCUGAACCUUCCAACAGUGCAAGAGUGUAUGGACCUGAAGCUGGGACCAGCCAUCAAGCUGUGCCACCACAUUGAGAGGGUCAAGCUGGCAUUUUAUCAACAGUUUGCCACGUAGCUGACGGGGAAUGAACAUGGACAUGAAUAUAUCCUGUUCUGUGUAUUAAUUCUGUGAAAAACACUGUAAUUCCCAAUUCUGAUUUUUCUAACACUGGACAUCCUUUAGAAUCCUGCAUAUACCACCCUGUGUCGGACAAGCAUGACUGUGAUGGAUAAAGUAACAUUUUCUGAUCAUUGAACAAAGAAGAAGAGCUACAUAAGGUCAAAAACAGUUUGUUUACGAAGCCACAGAGCAGGACUAAAAGAAGAAUUCAAGGCACUUUAAUUCAGUAAAUAAGUAUAAAAGCCUUUAUUGAUUCCAGCCCAUUUUGCAAAACAAAAAAUGCAAGCCAUCAACAAGGACUUGCUUUCAAAUUAAAAAAGGUUGGUUUCUAGCCUCGUUCUAAUAAAGACUUAACUUAUGUGUCUUCAGAGUGCCUCGGAUUCUUCUCUUAUAUUUCUUCUCUCUUUAUGUGGAAGAGUGACUGAGCGCCUCCAAAUCAACAUUUGCACCAUCUGCAGGUGUCAGAAAUGCAGUGGUCUUGCCUCCUAAUCUGGUGAUUUCACUGAUGUCUAAUUUCAGUUCAAAGAUGGUCAACAAUUUGGUGCAGAUGAGGGUACACAACAUGGUACCUGACAGCCCUCUUGCAUUGAAGCACUUUUUACUAAAUGCGUUUCACUGUAAAAGCUCCAAGCUGCAUCUUGGAUUACCAACAGAUUUGUAGACUUUGUUUUAUGGAGAAUCACUUAAAUUCUCAAAGAUCACUUUGCCCAUGAAUUAAGCAAAGAUAAAAAUAAUUAUUGUGAACACAAAGCUACAAGUUGCAUAGAAGUAAUACGAUUUGCAGGUUUCUUGAAAGCCAGAGGUAAUAUUAAACUAGAUAUGCUGACAAUAGAUGUGAAAGAACAGUCAUAGUGACAUGUUGCAAGAAAUUUGAUUUUAGCGUAAAAACCAGACAUGAAUAUUGUACUAACACUAUUUGCAAAUGUUAUCCAGCUGAAUGAAGAUACAACAACAACAACAACAACAACAGACAGACAUAAAGGGGGACUUCAUCUCAAGAGAUCAAAUUGCUUUCUUGUUCAAGCUUCUAUUGUAUGCAAGAGCAGUUUACAGUGUAAGGAUUCUGUAAUACAAGCACAACCAUGUACUGUAUGGUGGUAUGCAAAUUUGACACGGCAUGUUUGUAUAUAAUGUAUAUAAUCAAAUAUCUUCUAGCGCAACAGGGUGAAAGAAAAAUAAUCUAAUGAGCAAAUAACUUUCUGCAUAAGCAAUGUGUAAAUGCCCUAAAUAUACAGUAUAUUUGCACAGAACAGGUCUAAACUUUCACAUAUGAGGUGUAUGGUUAAAACAAAUCCAGCUGCAGUUGAUUAUUUGAGCAAAUUCAUAUCAUUGAAUAGUCAUUAUUUUUAACACUUAACUGAAUGAUAAAUGGGCAGUUUUAAAUCAAGAAGAUAUUCUCAAAAUGCUUUUGUAAAUCAGUUUUUCCUCUUUACCAGUUCUCGUAGUGUGAUUCAUUGUAAUGUGCAUCAUUUUGUGUGAGUAAAACCUCCGUAGGCUCUUUGUUUACUCCUUUGCUUGUAGUUUCCGCUGUUCCCAAAGCAACGAACAGCUUUUUUUAUUUCAUGUUUGAAGAUUAUAACUGCUAUUUAAAGACAAGACUGCAAUUAAAACUGUGAGCAACCAA